AUGAACAUCACCGACAAAAAAAGCAAAAUCCCAGCUGCCCCAACACUGGCAGCUACUGGGAAUCUCUUAUCAAGUGUUGCUCCUCCGUCGGAGUUACCGAACUUUAUAACAAGUGUUAGCUCUCCACCAGUUUCUCAGAGUGAGGUUCGGCAAACUGCCCAUAACCAAGAUGCACCUGCACCUAUGGAAGUGUCACCGCAAACUCCCGAAAAUUUUAGUCCAGCAAUACCAUUAUCAAAAGGAGAACCCACCGUGUCAAUAAGAUCACCUGUAGAAUCGGAAACAACACAAUCUCCUGAAUCUUUGCCGGAGUCAGUGCCUGAAAUGGAUGCAAUUGGAGAUAUCAUGCCAGGCAGUGGCUUAAUAACCUGGGUUAAAGGAGCAAUGUCCAGUGGAGGUAUAUUGCAAAAGGUAGCUGAAAAAGCUAAGAGUUCAGUUGACUCUAUGAUAACAACGCUAGAUCCACAGAUGAAAGAAUAUUUACGCUCUGGUGGAGAUUUAUACAUGGUUAUAGCAUCGGACAAAGACGUCAAAGUAUCUCCUAUACGAGAAGCAUUUCAGACUGUUUUUGGAAAAGCCACUGUUGUUGGUGAAGCAGCCCAGAGCGAUGUAACAGCGGAACAGCCAGUCGGCUACGCUGCUGCGUACGCGGCGGCGAAGCAGCGUAUUGCGCAUCUGAGAUCUGUAAAUGCGCAGCUUAAUAACAAUGUGCCAAUCGUCGCAGUGGAAAGCUUUAUUCAAGAAACAAUGCCUGAUAGGUGGUAUGAUGUAGCAUUACUAGUACUAUCGCAGCCAUCACUUGGUAUUGAGUUGCAAGUUCAGUCGCAGGGCACGCCAGUACCAACCGCUGCGGUCCUGGCAGCGAGAGAAGCCACGCCCAAAGACUAUACCCACGCACAAACUGGAUACAACACUACUAUCGGAUCUAUUAUGGCCACUAAUCUACAGGUACCACACACUCAAUGGCAGGAAGCAACAACAGGCGUGCCUCGGCGAGAACUCUUACUUCUGGCAUCUCGUUCCCUCGCCGGUUCAUAUAAGAGGAUUUUGGCAGUCUCCGCAGCUGAGACCUGA